AUAUGACAUAUUUAGAAGUCAAAAUGGGUUUAAACAAAAAGUUGGUAGAGUACUAUUUAACACUGGUGGUAAAGCCUCUGCUUCUAACUCUGGUCUAAAUGAUAUUAGACAAAGUCACCCUGGUGUUCAAACACGAUCGGCAUAUAAUAACAAUAAUAAUCAUUAUGAUAAUGAUAAUGAGCAAUUACAGUUGGCAAUGGCACUCAGUAUGGCUGAUAUAAAUGAAACGGAAGUUAUAGACAGAAAUGAUCAAGAUAAUUUUAAUGUGGCACAGGCAACUAGUAUAUUUGAUACCCCACCAGCCCCAAAAGCACGUUCGGUAUACCCAGAAAAUGUAAACAAACCUCCACCAAAGGCUACCGGCCCUCAGUUUGAUUGCGCCAUAUGUAUGGAUAAGCAACCCCUGGGCGAGUCGGUAGAGUGCGGAUGCGGACAUCUAUUUUGCGCAGACUGUAUGUCCGGGUAUUUGUCUAACGCCAUCCGGGAAGGUAACGUCGAGGGUAUAAAGUGCCCGGAUAAAGAUUGCCAAACGGUUGCCCAACAGUUCUUGGUCAGUUAUAUUGUGUCCGAUGAACUGUACGCCCGAUAUGAGUGGUUAUUAUUGGUGGCUGCGGUUAAGGAUAUGCCCGAUGUGUACUACUGUCCGACACCAGGGUGUUUGAGUAUGACAGUGGCGGAGAUUGACAGUGCUACCUGUCCCAAAUGUGGCCUAGUAGCACUGUCAAUCUCCGCCACUGUCAUACUCAAACACCCUGGUGUCGGACAGUAG